AUGUUGGGACGUACACAGACAAUGGCGCGACGAAAGGAAGGGCUCUCAUCAACCGACAUUUGUGCUUUGUUGCUUUUUAUUUCCCAAGGUAAGGCAGUCUUUCACUCUUCUUAUUCUUGAUUUUUGUGGCGUAAAUUUAACUCUUGAUAAUAUAAGUUAUCAGAUGGUACAAUUUAUGUCUUUGUGACUUAUCGAUUGUCUCCCCUUAAAUUUGUUAUGGUCUGAAAAACAAUGUCUUUUUUCUAAUACUGUGAUUGAGGGUUGGCAGUUAUCUUGUUUUGAGACCAAAGCAUAAAAAUGUAAGUUUACUUAUCAUAAAAGGCAGGUUUUUAUUGCAAUAUUGAGGCAAUGAAAUUUAGUUUUAUUCUAUCGCUCUUGGCCCGCGAAUUAGCGACUUUCCUGGAUAAAUGGCUUCAGACCAGGGAUGGCGCAGUGCUGCCGGACUGCAUUUCGCAUUCUAUCAUUGUGGAACUGGUUGCAAGAGUUCAGUACCUCAAUAACCUAAUGAUUCUCGUUAUUUCAAUAAUUUAAUAACCGUCAAGGGAGCGCUUCUAGCAUGCUUCCUAGCUUAGGUUUGAUAUUUUAUCUUAAAGAGAUUAUUAAUAAGACUCGUUGCAGUUUCUGUUAGAGUUUCUACUUUUGCGUUAAGUGUAAUAUUUUAUCGUUAAUCACAGCGGACCUCCGCGAUCAAGGAAAAGAUUGUUGUCGGCUUGGAUCGUUGUUUCUCUUGUCAUUUUGGCCUGGUUUUCUCGUCUCCUUCCCCAGCAAAAGUGGCAGCCAUUUUAGCCGAUGUAGUCCCUAAACAUAUCCAUGUAGAAAAUGGGACCCUUUUUCACAAGUCUCAGUUUUAUCCCCAUGUUUUGAUUUAUCUUCAGUUUAUCGCUAAGUCUAAUCUUUUCGUUUGUUUAGCACUAUUUACUUUUCAUGGUCAACGUAUUUAAUAAAGUAUAAUUGAAAAUUUCCGUAGCGUUUUAAUUUCAAUUCCGCCUUCUAAUCACUAAAAGUCAAAAACUCUUUUAGUCCAUUUAGCAAUUAACAGCAGUCUCGAUCCGUCCAUUUUUAAAACCUGCUUUUGCCGUGGCUUUUUAUAACACACCAGGUUCAGUUUGUUUUCAAUAAUGUGUUUUGUGGCAUUCGUGGGAAAAACACAGUGGAUUGAUGCUAUAUGAUGGCUGACAUUUUCAGGAAUGAUUUCAUUAAACAACUAGAUAAUUUUAAACCCGGUCGAUCGAAGCAGAAAUUUACCUGUUUGGGGUGUAUCAUUGUUAUUUUUCGAUCAAUAAAUGAGUCACUGCCAACUUGUUUUGGAAAGUCCCAAAAUCAACUGAAUUGAGAUCAAUAGACCAUUAUUCAUACUUGGCUCCGCGGCUUGGGAAAUAAAACAAAAGAAAUGUAUUAUUCAUUACUGAGCCUAAAGAUGAUUUUCUUUUGUUUUAUUCCCCCAAGCCUCGAAGCCAAGAAUGAAUUUAAUAUAUCAAAAAUGGUCGAUUGGCUUAAGAAACUGUUUCAUUAUUGUACAUGUUUGGAAGCCAGGACAAUGAGUAGAGACGUAUUUGCGAGUGACUGCGAGUGACUGCGUAGAAGUUGUUUCCAAAGUCACUAUGAGACUGUUUCCCACUCCAGAAAACUAUAAGUAGAAUGGGUACAAGCUUUCGGCGCAACGAUUACUGGGUUCUUUUGGGUUGACAAACUUUAAAUAUGACUGGUUAUUUAAUGGUUCCCUUGAAUACCAUCGACCAAUCAUAACUACGUACCGCUUGUCUGCCCAAACAAUCCCAGAGCUCACUGAGCCCAAAACUUGUACCCAUUUCCCUAGAGUUUCUGGGCUGGCAAUUGUAAAUAAGUUGGUUGAAUAACCAUGGUGAUGAGGGAUCCUUUUAACACUAAUGUGAGAAAUUAAAAUACCAUAAGUUAUACAAAUUCCAGUUCCUUCUACUAAACACACAAAAGUUUAUGUAAAUGGUUGAGCCAUUGAGUGAUGAUAGAAGUGACUGUAAUGAUGGCUUCCGCAAAGAAAGGCUGGGGAAACGCCAGUCGCUGACGGUGAAGAUCAGUAAAGUCCGUCCGAUUUACUAGGAUAUAUUCAUCUGGAUGAUAAUGAUGUAAUGUACUGGGGUUUCAUACAUUUAGAAGGCAAUUUUGAUGAGUAAAACGCAACAAGCUUGUCCGACCAAGCACAUGGUAAAAAAAACAAACUCCGCAAGCACCAAGUACGGGAUAAUAACAAAUGUUCAAACAACUUAAAACUGAUUUUAAUCAACGUUUCAAAUUGUGGUUUUUGGAUGUUUGUUUUUUUCGACUUUCAAACUAUGCUGAGGUUUUACUGAACCGAUCAAAGACGUAACCUUUAAUGAUAUGCAAUGAUAGCAGUCAAAUAAAAGCUCAUUUAUUCAUUUUACUUAAUACAGUGGAGUAUUUUGCCCAAACUCAUCGUAAUACUUGCAGCUAUCAAGGAAUAAUAAAUUGGCCAUUUCCGAGUUCCAAAAAUUCUCACUUCAAAACGAGGCUAAGUGCGAAACCUUUUUAUGAAAAGGAAUUUUAUUCGCAUGAGAGUAAAAAAGAUCAUUUUCAUAUCAAUGGCUUGGAUCUUAGCCUCGUUUUGAAACAGAGGCUUGAGGCAAAUGGUAGUCUCGUUUUGUAAACUAGAAAUUAAAAGAAGCUUACGUAGAACCUUGUAGUGUAAAAGAUGGAUACUAGUCCUUUAAUUUAGUAAGUUUCCUUUGUUUUGCAGUUGCCUUACAAGCAUCCACCACGGUAGUUGAGUACAAGAAAUUUGACAUCAGUAAACAAUGGUCACAAGCAAGAGUAGCUUGUAGGCAGGAGAGUAAAAUUCUCGCAAAAAUUGAUAAUAUUGACUUAUUUAAUUCAACAAAGGAAAAACUCUAUAAGGCAUCAUCUGGCAAAGGUAAGAAAUACUGGACUGGA